CAGGAGAACCCUAUAGAUUUAAGGCGAUGGAAGAUUGCUUGACGUAGCUUUGACGUGGUAAUACUCAUUUCCAUUGAAUCCAGAGAAGGUCUUUGCUAUUUGUUUUCCAGCACAGACUCUACAAGACAGACCUGCUGUACUAUCUGUUCACAUAGCAACAAGGGGGGAAAGAAGAGGAAUUCACAUUCACUCCUGUCUGUUCUUAAAAUAUUGUACAUAUUGCACAUAUACCCACUGGAAAUGGAAGGAAGAUCUUCUCAGUACAUGGUUUUGGUUUCUGUAUUCUCCUGGUGCUGUAUACUAUGUGUAACUGGGGUAGAGAGACAAUAUGUCAAUGAGUGGGCUGCAGAGGUUCCUGGGGGGUCUGAAGAAGCCAAACUGCUGGCCGAACAGUUGGCAUAUGAUUACAUUGGCCAGAUUGGAUCACUUGAAAAUCACUUCUUAUUCAGACACAGAGAUCACCCGAGAAGAUCUCGAAGAAGUGCUCUGCGAAUCACGAAAAGACUCUUAGACGAUGAGCGAGUGUCGUGGGCAGAACAGCAGUAUAUAAAACAUCGAAAUAAACGUUCAAUCUUCAGGGAAGACACAGAAAAGCUUUUUAAUGAUCCCAUGUGGAGUCGGCAAUGGUAUUUGCAAGAUACAAGAGUUAACCCAUCUUUACCUAAAUUGGACCUCCAUGUGAUUCCUGUGUGGAGAAAAGGAAUUACUGGUAAAGGCGUUGUUGUUACUGUACUGGACGAUGGGCUGGAAUGGAACCACACAGAUAUCUACACUAAUUACGAUCCAGAAGCCAGCUAUGAUUUUAACGAUAAUGACAAUGAUCCCUUCCCCAGAUAUGACAUUACAAAUGAGAACAAACACGGUACUAGAUGUGCAGGAGAAGUUGCGAUGAUUGCGAAUAACAACAAAUGUGGAGUUGGCGUUGCAUACAAUGCAAAAGUUGGAGGUAUUCGAAUGCUAGAUGGUGUUGUAACAGAUGCUAUAGAAGCAAGUUCGAUUGGAUUCAAUCCACAACAUGUGCACAUUUAUAGCGCUAGCUGGGGGCCCAACGAUGAUGGGAAAACUGUGGAGGGUCCUGGGAGAUUGGCACAGAAGGCUUUUGAAUAUGGAAUUAAACAGGGUCGCAAUGGAAAAGGUUCCAUCUAUGUCUGGGCUUCUGGAAACGGUGGUCGCCAAGGAGAUAACUGUGACUGCGAUGGAUACACCGACAGUAUUUACACUAUUUCCAUAAGCAGUGCCUCUCAACAAGGACUGUCUCCUUGGUAUGCCGAGAAAUGCUCUUCUACUUUGGCUACGGCAUACAGUAGUGGCGAUUACACUGAUCAGAGAAUUAUAAGUGCCGACCUACAUAAUGAUUGCACAGAAACACAUACGGGGACGUCAGCUUCAGCUCCGCUGGCUGCUGGGAUCUUUGCUCUUGCACUUGAAUAUAAUCCUAACCUUACCUGGAGAGAUAUGCAGCACCUGGUGGUAUGGACCUCCGAGUACGACCCACUGGCUAAUAACCCAGGCUGGAAAAAGAAUGGAGCUGGUUUAAUGGUUAACAGUAGAUUUGGAUUCGGCCUUCUCAAUGCUAAAGCUUUGGUUGAUUUAGCAGAUCCGAAGACAUGGAAAGGAGUCCCUGACAAGAAGGAGUGUGUUGUGAAAGACAGCGACUUUACCCCAAGGUUUUUAAGAUCAGAAGGGGAGAUAACAAUAGAAAUACCCACCAAAGCAUGUGAAGGUCAGGAUAAUUACGUAAAGUCUCUUGAGCACUUGCAGCUGGAGGCCACUAUAGAGUAUACUCGUCGUGGAGAUCUUCACAUCACCCUGACAUCACCAUCAGGGACGAGCACGGUCCUUCUUACAGAGAGAGAGCGAGACAUGUCUUCUAAUGGCUUCAAGAACUGGGACUUCAUGUCUGUCCACACCUGGGGUGAGGAUCCCGUAGGAACAUGGACUCUGAAAAUCACUGAUGUGUCUGGAAGAAUGCAAAAUGAAGGAAGAAUUGUUAAUUGGAAACUGAUUCUGCAUGGAACGUCCACCAGACCGGACCACAUGACCCACCCCAGAGUCUAUACCUCCUACAAUGUUGUUCAAAAUGAUCGAAGAGGUGUGGAGAAGAUGGUGGACAUUGGCAAGGAUGAUGUAACUGAACAGCCCGCCACGACGAAAAAUAUCCCAGAUAGUAAAGAGAUGGCUGAAAUGGAGGAAUUAGCGAAAUCGCGAGCAAUGCUCCGUCUCUUGCAAAAUGCGUUUGACGGAGGAACGUUUCCAGUCUCAUCAGAAGAAGCUGCUAUUCCCAAAUCCCAUUAUUAUCACGCACUGGAUAAAAUAAGCAAACAGUCGAGUGGGAAGGACUCGGACAGUCACAUGUAUAAUGACUACCUUGACCGCUUCUAUAGUGCCAGACCUUACAGACACAGAGAUGAUAGAUUACUUCAAGCUCUCAUGAAAAUUACAAACAAGAAACCAUAGGUUUUACCAUAUUCCACCACGUUGGAAAUACUCAUGCCUUUCAAUCACCUUAUAUUUUGGAUUUCUCUGUUUGGAACCCCGUAAUAAUGUUAAAUAAUUGAAAAAAAAUAAACCAUAGAAAACAAAGAAUAUAUUUCUAAAUAAUCAUAAAAAGUAUGUCUUUUAGCGUGCAAACAUGCUGCUAUAAAUACAGCAAAUAAGAUGCCAAACACAAAGAAAAUAUAUAAAACAAAAUCGUAACCCUGUAAUAAAAUCCCGUCCAAAAAUAAACAACAAUGAAACGUUAGCUUUAAACAAUGUGUUGGAUAAACAUCCGAGCAUAAUCUGUUUAGUGUGAUUUUCACACCAUACCUGGUAAAUCAUGCUGGUUUAUAGGAAUAUAUUUUUUAGUUUUUGUUUGUUUGUUUUUUUACUUUAACACCUAUGGUUUGAACCUUGGAAGUGUGCAAGCUUAAAUGCUCUGCCGGACCAAAAAUAAAUAAAUAAAUACAUAUUUUUUUUUUUUUAAUCAAGUCUAGUCUAGCCUAAUGUAUAUGCGAAAUGGAUUACAUUGUAUCCGAACUCACACGUGGAUUAAAAAGUAUAGGUGUAGGAAAAUAUGGUCUAAGCAAAGAUAACCUUACAAUUCACUUCUCAUAUUCUAAAUGCAUCGAAGUCAAAAUGUUAAUAGGAGUUAAUUGCUUAGAUGUUGUAUAAUAGAUUAUUUGUUAUUUUAUAGCUCAUUUUAAGGAUGUAGCACCUUUUUAUUUCUUCAUUAUUGUGUUCCUAAAGCAUUUCCCUUCAGCCCGUAAUAUCAACUUGCAAGGCUUUUAAUGUAACAAGUGUGUGGACUACAUUACCCAUGAUGCCCGGAUAUUCCUUUCACAGGUAGUGCAUCAGGGGAAAUGUAGUACGGAAAUAUCUGCAGUAGCAAUUCUUGCCGGUCACUGCAGGUUUAUUUGCCAAGCAGCGUGCGAAGGUGACCUGAAAUCUGACUGCUAGCUUUUGGGUUAGAAUAUGUGAUUUGUAAAAAGAUUCAGCAGAUAUUUAUUCCGCAGUCUCUGUCUCAUAUGAAUUGUGGGAAUUGGUUGUGAAUUUGCCACAACUCACUAGGUAGUAAAUCAAACCGACCUCCAAAACAGUACUUGCUAUAAAACAUAAAAGCCAACACUUUGAAAAAUAUAACUGCAAAUCAAUACAAGCAAGCACAAUAUGUAACUAAAAUCUUUGAUCUCCGGCUAUCCAGCUGUUUUAAUCUGUAAAGAAAACAGAUCUUUAAUGAAAAUGAAAUGAUUUAAUGUAGACUGACUGCCACAACAUUAAUUAACAGGAGGGAUUUAAAAUAAACUAGCCAGGUUUAAUCGCUAAAGAGCAAAUUGCCUGGAAUUGAAAAAUCUAAAAACUGAAAACCACUUCAAAGAGCGUUUUAGCCUAAUAUAAGCCAAACUGGAGAACAUCAGUUCAAAUUGGCUAUUUUGACAUAAAAUGUAAAACUCACUUUGAUUUGGAGACAUUUCCCAUUUUAGUCAUUAUCAAACCUAAUUUGAAAGGUUAUGAAUUAAUCUUAAAAUAAAUGCCUUUAUCAGUAUUGUGUCCAUCUGGAGAUUAAUCAAUUAUAUAUAUAUAUAUUACUUCCUGAUGCUAACAUUCUGUUUGCAAGCCCCUCGAGUAUAUUUUUUACCUUUAUCUUUCUCUCUUUAAUAAUAUCUGUUCUUUCUUUUUUUAAAGUUGCUUUUAAAAUAUCUUUCUAACCUUGCACAUAUCUAUAAAUUCAUACUUUCUGUUUGGGAAAGUAGACUACUCCCUCCACAUACCUCAUGCCCAUAAUGUGUGCCCACUGGGGUACACAUACCAUGGAUUGGGAACCAGGGGUAUUAACCAAGCAUCUCAGCUUUCCAAAUCUGGAGGGAUCUUUUGGGAUCAUCAGGGAACUGUCCCCAGAAAGCUUAAUGUGAGAACAUCAUUUCAGAUACUUGCGCUAUACUAAAGAGCUAGGACCAUGCAGAGAAUGCUACAACAGCCCUUAAUUGGGCUGGGUAGGGCGAGUGCUAUAACAGCCCUUAAUUGGGCUGGGUAUGGUGAGUGGUACAACAUCCCUUAAUGGGGCUGACUAGUGUGAGUGGCAUUAAGUGGUGUGCCAGUGACACAGAUUUUGUUUAGACCCAUCCAACAGAGUCCUUAUUUAUGUACCACCCUAUAUUGGGAUUUAUUGUAUAAACCACCAUAGUCUAUGUAUUAUUUGCGUAAAGUUAAACUUUUAUAAUACUAGUGUUUGCUUAAUUUAUGCUGUUAGAAAUCUGUAAUAACCUCAAUCCCCUUAGCAAGUUGUUUCUCUAACUUUCUAAUAACCAGCAGUAAUGACCAUACACUAAUAUAGAUUGCUUACCAUGUUUAAAUGACAUAUUUUAUUAUAUUUUGGAAAAGAACAUCUCGUUCUUUUGUUCUGCACACAAUAUUAACGAUACCUGACUAUUCUGCAGAACCUUGACAUGAGGCAAAUGAACUAUUUAUUAGUAUUAGUU